GCCCCCUCCGUGCCAGCAGUUGCCAGGGCGGCGCGAGGUGUCGCCAGAGGGAAGCGGAGCGGCGGGCAGCGAUGAGCGCCGUGCUCGACGUGCUGUGGGAGGACAGAGAUGUCCGCUUCGACAUCUCCCCGCAACAAAUGAAAAUGAGGCCUGGAGAAGUCCUUAUAGACUGCCUGGAGUCCAUUGAAGAUACCAAAGGAAAUAAUGGAGACAGAGGCAGACUGCUCGUGACAAAUUUGAGGAUUAUUUGGCGCUCAUUGUCAUUGCCCAGAGUUAACCUCUCUGUUGGUUACAACUGCAUAAUAAAUAUAACUACAAGAACUGCCAACUCAAAAUUACGGGGACAGACAGAAGCUCUGUAUAUAUUGACUAAAUGUAAUAAUACACGGUUUGAGUUCAUAUUUACCAAUGUUGUUCCUGGGAGUCCCAGACUCUUCACUUCAGUUAUUGCUGUGCACAGAGCUUAUGAAACUUCAAAAAUGUAUCGUGAUCUGAAGCUGAGAAGUGCACUGAUUCAGAACAAGCAGCUGAGGUUGUUGCCACGAGAACAAAUAUAUGAUAAAAUCAAUGGAGUGUGGAAUUUAUCAAGUGACCAGGGAAAUUUGGGAACAUUUUUUAUUACUAACGUGAGAAUAGUUUGGCAUGCAAAUAUGAAUGACAGCUUUAAUGUCAGCAUACCAUAUCUACAAAUUCGUUCAAUAAAAGUAAGAGACUCAAAGUUUGGCUUGGCUCUUGUGAUAGAGAGUUCUCAGCAGAGUGGAGGAUAUGUACUUGGUUUUAAAAUAGACCCUGUGGAGAAACUACAGGAGGCAGUGAAAGAAAUUAAUUCACUUCACAAAGUUUAUUCAGCUAACCCUAUAUUUGGAGUGGAUUAUGAAAUGGAAGAAAAGCCUCAGUCUCUUGAAGACCUAACAGUGGAGCAGGUUCAAGAUGAUGUGGAAAUAGAACCUGGUGAACAGACAGAUGCUUUUGUGGCUUACUUUGCUGAUGAAAACAAGCAACAUGAUCGGGAGCCUGUGUUUUCAGAAGAACUAGGACUUGCAGUAGAGAAGCUAAAGGAUGGAUUCACGCUCCAGGGACUCUGGGAAGUAAUGACCUAAUUUAGGUGGUCACAUAGUGUUUCCCACCCAAUGAAAGACUCUGUGCUGAUUUUGUGAGAUCUGUGGUUUAUUGAACAAUACAAGAGUGGCAGCAAAAGAACAUACCAAAGUUUAAAAACAAACAAAAAAAACCCCAAAACAGGCAAAUAUUGUAGAAUAUGAACUAAGAAUAUGUCAUAAAGAUUAUUCAAAAUGUAUGAAGGUAUAAAAGCUGCUUUAGGAACAAUGGCUGCCGGUUUAUUUCAGCUACCAUUUUAUGGCACACGUCCACUACUGUGCUAAAAUGCUGUGCAAUACAUGUUUUAGUUCUGCUUUGUGAUUGCCUGGCUGCUGCUGGCACACCGAUACACCAGGUGAUUUUAGCAUGUGUCAUGGAUUUAUGAACUUUUUUUAUUAAAUCAGAGCAGUGAGCCUCUUCCUGUAAAAGCACAGGGUCCAUCCUCUUGUUUCAGCCACCAGUUUCUGUCAGAAGAGGAAACCUCUACCAUUUUGAUAAUGCAGUAUAUAGCAUACAGUUUUAUGCUCAGCUUAAAAUACAUAUUUUUACACAGAAAAUACUUUCCCAAUACAAUUGAGUCAGAUUUCCAUAAUUUGUUUCAUUCUGUGCAGCAUGGAUGUACAGAAUGUACAACCCUUCAUAUCUGUGUUGGUUAUGUCAUUGAGCCAGUGUUAUGGUACUGGCAGCUUUUUGACAAAAAGCAAUACUGUUUCAAGUAUUAGUUUUCACAUCUCAUCAUUUAUGAAGAGUUUUUCAUACAUCAUUCCAGGUACUUUAUUGUAAUCCUGCUAUCUUCAAGCCAUGUUCUCUUUCUCUCUGUUUCUCUCUCUCUUUUUUUCUUUGUCAGAGCCCUUUUUUCUUUUUUUUUUUUAAGCACACACAUAAAUAGAUUCUGUGUCUGAGUCAUUAGACCUUUAUGGUGUUAUGUGUUAGAAAUGAGUCAUUUAUUGUUGAUGGGAAGAUGCAGCUGUUACGUUUUCUAGGGAGAUCAGACCUCUGUAGUAUUUUCUAUAAGUGGAAAAAGUCAAAUGAGCUGUCCAUUCAGCUGUUGUUCAGCAGCUGACUGUUAUAGUAGGGCAUAAAAUAUAAUUGUGGUGAUUGUAGUACGUCUUUCAAGGUGCAUAUUUCAAUGAAACACUACCUAUGGUUGAAAAUAAACCAUGGUUUCAAUAAACUUGAGUGAUGUUAUAACUGUA